AUUCACAUCCAGCGUCGACCCGGCAGAUAAACACAAUUUUUGCAUUAAUUUGAAAAGGGCAGAUUUAGUUGAUCUCGCACGAGGCAGCCGAACGGACGAUGUUUCUGCUCUGCCACGGAGUGGCUCUGGUUCUCCUUACAGGAGUGGCCUGUACUGAAAAUGUCGAUUACAAAUUCGAUAUACCCCUUUUAAGGUCGGCGUACCCGGUCUGGGAUACGGUCCCAAUAUCGGGCAAAUCAGGGGUCGGCGAUCCCCUAAUUUUGACGCCUUUCAUCGAGAGUAAGGAGUUGGGAAAAGCUCGCGAUCUCGCUCUGGUAAAAAAUCUCCCCGGUCUUAGUGAAUCCGAUGAUAUUGAAAGCUACUCUGGAUUCUUCACUGUCGAUGAAGAACACAAUUCGAAUUUGUAUUUCUGGUUUUUCCCAUCAAUGACGAAAAAUGAAAAUGAUCCAGUACUUUUAUGGCUACAAGGAGGCCCUGGUGCUUCAUCUCUUUAUGGGCUGUUUGAGGAAAUUGGUCCAUUUUCAGUUACCACAGAUAUGAAACUGAAAUUAAACAAGCAUUCCUGGCAUAGAAACCAUUCUUUGAUUUUCAUAGAUAACCCAGUUGGAACAGGGUUCAGUUUCACAGACACUGAAGAGGGCUACUGCGAAAAUCAGGAAAAAGUUGGAGAGCACCUAUAUUCAGCUUUGACUCAGUUCUAUUCCAUAUUCGAGAAUUAUAAAAGUGCUCCUUUCUAUAUCACUGGAGAAUCAUAUGCAGGAAAGUUUAUCCCAACUCUUGCGCAUACUAUUCACAAGAAAAAUUCAAAUAAUCCUGAUUUCAAGAUCAACUUACAAGGUGUGGCCAUCGGAAACGGCUUUACGGACCCCAAAACAAUGCUCCAUUACAGCGAUUUCGUCUAUCAAUUGGGUUUAGUGGAUAGUCAUUAUAGAGAUGCAAUGGCAGUAGCAGAAAAAGAAAGCGUUGAAGCUUUGAAAAAUAAUAAUACAAUUAAAGCAUACAAUGGCUGGGCUGAGACAUUACUCUUGUUCGCUCAUGGUUCACAUUUUCAUAAUCUGUACAACUUUCUCAGCCCGAAAAAUAAGCCGUUGGAAGAUUUUUUCGCUGUGUACCUCCAAACACCAGAGGUGAGACGAGUUCUACACGUGGGAGACCUGGAAUUCACAAGCAUUGGAAAAGUUUACUUAAAAAUGAUUCCAGAUUUUAUGAACUCUGUACAGCCGACAGUUGAGGAAGUCAUCAAUAAUUACAGAGUAUUGUUUUACAGUGGACAAAUGGACAUAAUUGUGGCAUAUCCUCUUUCUGUUAAUUUAUUUGAGAAUCUCAUGCAUUCGGGAUCGGAUGAGUACAGGAAUGCUACAAGGAAUGCUUGGAUGGUAGACAAUGAACUGGCUGGAUAUAUAAAGCAAGCUGGCAAUUUCACUGAGGUAUUGGUUCGCAAUGCUGGACAUAUGGUUCCUGCCGAUCAGCCUGAGUGGGCUUACAAGCUGAUAUCUGACUUUGCUCUCAACCAAUUGAAGUCAUCAAGCGAUGACGAGUUUAUAAUAUAGAUUCAAAACUAGUUUUCUACUGUGAAAUGAAAAUGUCAAUAGUUAAGUUAUGUGUUUCUUAGGAAACAAUUACACGACGAAUUGCUAAGGAAGAACGUUAGAAUUAAUAUUAUCAACAGUUAUAUAUAUUGCUUAAUUACUUAAAUUAAGUUUGUAGCUUGAAUGUUGAUGUUGUGGAACUUUUCCAUAAUUGAAGAGACUUGAAAUAUUGUCAAAAAUUCACUUUAUUUGAAUAAAAAUUGAUAUUUUACAGGAGCAUGCUUUCGUGUAUGCUCAUACAUCAUCACUGUAACUUACAGCUGAUGAUAUGUGAGCACACACGAAAGCAUGCUCCUGUAAAAUAUUAAUUUUUAUUUGAAUAAAGUGGAUUUUUGACAAUAUUUCAAGUCUCUUCAAUUGCUUAAUUACAUUUUGAGUGUUCUAGCCAUUCUCUCUAACCUGCAACAAAUAAAAUUGCAGGCGAUAAAAUAAAUGUUGAUUGAAGUAAA